AUGGACGAAUACCCACCCUACACGCCGAUGCCCUCGCUCCGCCACGAACUAGGACUGAUGUUCGGCUUCCUCUCUCUCUUCGUAGUAGCUAUGGGUGCCUAUAUCGCUCUCUGGCGUGGUGAGCUCUCCAACUUCUUUUCAUAUAUCUCUAUCUCUCCAAAAUUUACACCUCCAAUCCCACUUCGACAUGAUCAAAUUAUUAUCAAACCUACUCUGUUUUACUCCCCUAACAACCAACCCCCAGUAUCCCAAACCCGUCUACACGCCCAAGACCUCGCCCGCCGAAAAGCCUACCGCGACAAAACCCCAUCCCAACCACCCCUAGGAACAACAACAUCCGUAACAGCAGGCCUAGCUCAAAGUCCCAAAGACGCAGACCCCAACGCAGCCGUGCAAGAGAAAAUGCUUGAUCGCAUCGGUAUUCCUGAGAACCGUGCUGAGUUGCCGGUCCACGGGAUGGAGAUGUAUGCGAAUGGGAAGUGGAAUGCGAGAACACAGCUUAUCAGGUGUCCGUUUAGUCGGGGUACGCCACUUAGUCCUGUGACUCCUGCUAGUCCGCUUGGGAGUGGGGUUGCGGGAGCUGUUGGGUCUGUCAGUCCCGUUGGGGGUGGGAUUGUGCUUGAGUCUUUUGUUGGGGUGGCGUUGGAUGGGAGGAGUUUUGGUCAGAAGUUGAGUGAUGAUGGGUUUCGGUCGGCGAGUCCGGCGAGGAGGUUUGGGGGUAAGAGUGGUCCGCCUGUUGAGAUUGGGCCUGCGCCUAGUCGAGAGUAG